GGCAACUCUGAAAGACAGAUGCCCUUUUAAAUUAAUACUGUAACUUAUUGUGGGGAAAAGAAAAGAAAAGAAAAGAAAGAACAGCUUGUUCCGAGAGUCAACAUAUUGUGAAGGCAGACCCUUUAAAGCAGAAGGUACAGUUCUGUUGACACUGAAGACGCCUCGGAGUGUGUGCGUGUGUGUACUGGAAAUCGCUGACAUUUCAAAUGGAUCGCAUGGAACUGAAAAAAGUCAACAUAGAACUUAAUGAGGAGAGCAACAGUGGCGAAAGCACUGAAGAUACUUACACCGACAUGGGAGAUCCAGAGAAGGCCACUAUUAGCAGUCAGUUUGUAGGUGAUGAUGCAGAAAGUCAGAAGUUCCUCACCAAUGGCUUUCUGGGUAAAAAGAAGCUGGAAAAUUAUGCAGAUGAAUACAAUCCAGGAAAUAUUUCAUUUGGGAUAUCGGCAUUUAACUUGAGCAACGCCAUCAUGGGCAGUGGCAUCUUGGGGUUGUCCUAUGCCAUGGCCAACACUGGAAUUGUACUUUUCAUAAUCUUACUGUUCAGUGUAGCCAUCAUGUCACUCUAUUCAGUUCAUCUACUUCUGAAGACAUCCAAAGAAGGAGGCUCACUAAUAUAUGAAAAAUUAGGUGAAAAAGCAUUUGGAUGGCCUGGAAAAAUCAGUGCUUUUAUCUCUCUCACAAUGCAAAAUAUUGGAGCAAUGUCAAGCUACCUCUUUAUUAUUAAAUAUGAACUUCCAGAAGUUAUCAGAGCAUUUCUGGGGCUUGAAGAGAAUUCUGGGGAAUGGUAUCUAAAUGGCAACUACCUCAUCAUAUUUGUGAGCAUUGGAGUUAUUCUUCCACUUUCACUUCUGAAGAACUUAGGGUAUCUUGGCUAUACAAGUGGAUUUUCGCUUACUUGCAUGUUGUUCUUUCUGAGUGUGGUAAUCUACAAGAAGUCCCAAAUACCCUGUCCACUCCCACUGCUGGACAACAAUGUGGGUAACUGGUCCUCCAACAACACCACAGUCCCAGUCCAUAUAAUGAUGCUACCCAACAAUUCUACUAAUUCAGAGCUGAAUUUUAUGAUGGACAGCACCUACAAGCAGUAUUCAUCAAGUAUUGAAGAAACCAAAGAUAGGCUUCAUCAAAGUGGGGUCGAAUAUGAGGCACAUGGAGAGGACAACGACAAGUGCCAACCUAAAUAUUUUGUGUUUAAUUCACGGACGGCCUACACAAUACCAAUCCUGGCGUUUGCAUUUGUGUGUCACCCUGAAGUGCUUCCCAUUUACAGUGAACUGAAAAACCGGUCUCGGAGACGAAUGCAAAAUGUUUCCAACGUCUCCAUCACUGGGAUGCUAAUCAUGUAUUUAUUUGCUGCCCUGUUUGGCUAUCUUACUUUCUAUGGAGAAGUUGAAGAUGAGCUGCUUCAUACAUAUGCUAAAGUGUAUACUUUUGACUCGCUGCUUUUGUUGGUUCGCUUGGCAGUGCUUGUGGCUGUGACCUUGACUGUACCCAUCGUCCUGUUCCCAAUACGGACAUCAGUUACUACACUGUUGUUCCCCAGAAGACCAUUCAGUUGGACAAGGCACUUCUUAAUCGCUACAGUUAUCCUUGCAUUUAAUAAUCUCUUGGUGAUUUUUGUCCCUACUAUUAAAGACAUCUUUGGAUUUAUAGGUGCGUCUGCUGCCACAAUGUUGAUUUUUAUUCUUCCUGCUGCCUUUUAUCUUCGGCUUGUCAAAAAAGAGCCCUUGAGAUCCCCUCAGAAGAUUGGAGCCCUGACUUUCCUCAUUGUUGGUGUUAUCUUUAUGAUUGGCAGCUUAACUCUAAUUCUCAUGGACUGGAUUUACAACCCUCCCGGUUCCAAUCAGCAUUAAUCUGGAAGAAAACAGAAUAUAUUUUUGUUCUUUUCCACUGGAAAAGUUGGAAUGCCAUCAUUCAGAGGAGAAAGGGGCAGGGGAAAGACUGUUGAGACAAAGGACAUUACUUCUAGUCAAUAACUACAAGAUUCCAAAGACUUUGCUUGUAUAUCGCUAGGAGAAACCUGUGGAAAUUUAAAGCACCCUUUAAUAAGGGGUUAUUAUUUAUGUAUUGGAGCUUGUGCCAAACGUCUCUGGCCAGGUGGGGAUUAAAAUUUGUGUGCUGGAAGAUGCACACAACAAGAUAUGUAAAUAGUCCUCGACACAGACUGUUACUGUUAUUGUUUUGAUAACCACACUUUCCAGAUUACUGGAAUACAAGGUAGCUGUAGAGAUGUUAACUUAGUGCCUUUAAAAUUUACCUGUGAGUUAUUUUAUUACAUAAUAUAUUGUAUCCUAUUUGGGAAAAAGUGUCUAGGAUAUUUAUCAGUUGUCCAAAGCUGAGAUCCUCAAAAUCUCAAGUACAGUUGCUAAACCAACAUGUAUAUAUGUAUGCAUAGUGUACAUACAGAGACACAUAAGGGAACAGGGAACAGAUAAAAGAAUUGUUCUUAAAUGGUUAUCCAUAAGGUUAAUAAAUACAAUCAAAUCUAGAUUUAGAAACCAGUUAUUAUGAGCACCGACUUUUCUAAGUAUUUUAUAUGUUGAGCAAGAAAUUGUAACAAAAUGUUGACUACAGGAAUGACCACCAUCAACCGACAACUGACGUGUCCCUCUGAGAAGGUGACAGAUGUUGGUAGUAAAAAUUAGCUAUGCCAAUAAAUUCUUUCUAGUCAUUUGUGACUCAGAACUUCCCCAGUUGGCAGUUGGGUGGCCAGAAGGAAAAUGAAACUUUACCUAGUCAGUUAGUAAAGCUGGACCCACUGUUCAGUGCAUUCAUAGCCAAAAAAUUGUUUUUAGAAUCACUGUGAAUUGAUACGCCUGUUAACAAUAUUGAAAAUGGUCUCCUCAGGUGUAAUUACAAUCCCAGAUGUAAUAUUUAGAAGCACUCAGAGUCUAGAAAUUACUUUUAAAAAGUAGACGGUAGCAAUGAUAACUCCCAAGGACCAGCUGGAUGUUUUUCAUGCAGCAGCACAAGGCCACCGUACCAGCCAGCACUUGAACCUUGUUAUAUAUUUCUCCUUCAACAUUUAGUGAAACCACACUUUAUAAUGUAAAGGUAACUAAAAAGUUACCGUUGCAUUAUAAAAUCUGUGGUUAUCCCUAUUACAAUAUCUGUGGCUAUCCCUUGAUAAGUUACAAUCACCAUGUGAUAUAAUUAUUACCAUAGUUCUUGGGGGGCGGGGAAGGAAUCUAUUACAAGUAAUUAAUGAUUUGUUCCUAGUUACUUGCAUGUUCUAGAAGCACUUGUAUAAUAUCUGUGAUCAUCAGGUUGAGAACCUUUGUGCUGCUUCAGGUAAUCCUGGCGGAGAACUAGAACCCUUAACAUGAUGAUGACAGUCCCAUGAUUAGCACAUGCAGCCUUCCCCAGUGGAAUCCUGUCCAGAUUACUUGGACCUAACUCCUCUUAAUUGGUCAUUUUAGCUAUGCCUGAUAGGAGUUGCAAGCUAAAAUAUUUGGAGAGCACCAUCUUGUGAAAUAUUUGGAAAAUGCUUCACGAGCUUGCCAAUGGGAUUUUGAUGGGAUUCCUACAGUGCGCAAUAUCAGAGCUUGGAAAAUUACUUUUUAAAGUAAUAAGUUACAGUUUAAUUCCAAGGCUGUCAACAUGUAAUUCAUUGUCUUUUUACUUUUAAAAAGUAUGAGCCAGCACUUGAACCCUAUGAUAUUCAUCCUCCACUGUUUAAUGACACCACAUCCAUGUUGCUGCAGAAGUAAAUUUAAAAGUUAUAGUGAUAUCACUGAUGGUUGGUACUCUCUCUGUGUUAAGUUACAAUUGAAACACAGGAUAAUUUUACCUUCAGUUUGGAAAAGAUAAUUAAUUACAAGCAGUUAGUUAUUUCUGACUAGCCCCAGGCCAAAAUCACUCUGAAGCCUUACCUUGUAAACAUAUUUCUGCUUUGAUCUAGGAUAUUGAACAAGCUGGGUCCCUGUUUGUAAUUUGUCUUCCACUAAAACUCAGAUGGAUGUAAGGAAACAAGAAGGAAUGUGAAAGCACACUAACCAGUAUUGUUAAUGCAUUUUUCUUUGAUAAAACAGUCAGUGCAGGAAACUGUGAUCAUUGCUGGAUAUGUACUAUAUAAGUACUUAUGUAUAUAAUUUUUUUCUCUGUCCAAUGCUCCUGUAUGAUAGAAUGUUUGAUUUUUAUAUAUCUAUUUGUGCAGAUAUUGUUUCAUGGUCACAAGGUUCAUACCAUUUUUGGGUGGGGGAAGAGUUGGUUUUUUGGUGGGCUUCAAAAUGUCCAUUUGGCAUAUCAGUGCUCGGAAUUCAUCUGUGAAAGUCUCUAGAAGGUUACCAAAAUGGAGUGAGAUGGUCAGGUUUUCUGAAGUCCAUUACAACAAUAAACUUCAAGAAUUCAAGGUU